AUGGCCCCGGUACUCCUCAACAUACACCUGCUUAUAGUGUUUGUGCUGAGUUGUGCGCGUGCCGUCCCGCUGCAUGGUCAGAAAGGGGCUCAGGUGGCUCAGGUGGACCCCUUGACGGUCCCCCGGGCGAACCCGCAGUGCUGGGACUCUUCCUCGGCUCUGCUGCUGGAGAUGCGCUCCCCGAGGAUCGCUGACACGGUGCCCGCCUUCUGGGACCUGAUGGUGACCCUCAGGACGUCAGACAACAGCAGACACACGGCUCUGUUCUGGGACCUGGCUCGGGUCUUCUGGGACCUUUAUCUGGACUGCGUGCUGUCCAGGAGUCACGGCCUGGGGCGGAGACACGUGACCGCGGUACACUCUCUUAUAACUGACAGUAAGUGA